UGUCAAGAUCUUGACUGCGUAAUAUUGUGAGCGCUGUUGCAGUAGCCUACUGUGCUGAGAUGCGAUGAGCUCCAAGUUUUUACUUGAAGGUUACUUUACCGAACACGACUCGUAGCGGAGAUCACAGAACGGGAGAACAAAGCCUAAGAGGUUUUAAAGCCCUUUAUAUUUAUUACGUCGUGAAUUUAUUUUAAACACUAUUUUCAAAGCCAUCUUGCAGUAUGAGGAGCAGAUAUGGCAAGGAGUAGCAAGUCCGUGGCGCGGACCCUGGAGGAUUUGACGCUUGACUCGGGUUAUGGUGGAGCCGCCGACUCAUUCAGGUCUUCCACUGCGUCGCUGUGCUGUUUCGAGGCACAUGCACCGAAUGCGUAUGGGGGGAAUUUUUGGCAUUUAACCGACUCGAUGCACAGUCGACACAACAGCCUAGACACGGUGAACACCGUGCUGGUGGAGGACUCGGAGGCGCUGGAGUGCUCCGGUCAGUGCGCGAAACUACCGGAGUUGGAAGACGUGCCAUGGACCCUGGAGGAAGUGGAGAGCGCUCUGAUCCGGGACGAGGAGCUGAGGCAGGGGCUCGUGUCACCGGAGGUAUUGGCCCAUCUCUCGGUACUGGUCAGCCGCGCGCUGGUGAGAGUCGCCAAAGAGGCACAGCGUCUGAGUUUGCGUUACGCCAAAUGCACCAAAUAUGAGAUUCAAAGUGCCAUAAAGAUAGUACUGUCGUGGACUGUGUCGAUGAACUGCAUCACCGCGGCGCUGAGUGCCUUGUCUCUGUACAAUAUGAGCACAGAGGACAAGUUCAGCCGCGGGAAAUCGGCCCGGUGCGGCCUCAUAUUCAACGUGGGGCGGUUCUUCAGGUGGAUGGUGGAAAGCAGGGUCGCGGUCAGGAUCCACGAACACGCUGCCAUUUACUUGACAGCGUGCACGGAGAGUCUGUUCCGAGAGGUGUACGCGCGGGCGCUGCGCAGUGCGCCGGGGGAAAAAGAUAACGGCAUCCCGAAGUUUACCGUGGAGGCGUUAGAACACGCCGUCAACAACGACGCAGAGUUAUGGGGGACUCUUCUGCAGUACCAGCACCUGAUCUGCGGGAAGAACGAGAGUGGAGUGCUGAGCCUACCAGAGAGCCUGACCCUUCACAGAGACCAGCGUCCAGGCAGCAGUUCAGAGGGACACGCCUACAGCCAAUCAGAGCUGCGCUCUGUAGAACAGUGCCUGCUGACCACACGAGUGGGAAGCAUCUCCGAACUGAGUGACCUGGUGUCGAGGGCCAUGCACCACCUCCAGCCCCUGCAGGUAAAGGUGCACAGCACCAGCACUCCUCACCACCAGGGGAGCUGUGGGGUGCACUGACCCGAGGCGCUCUACACCCUCUGCUACUUCAUGCACUGCCCCCACAUGGAGUGGGAGAACCCCAACGUGGAACCUUCCAAGGUCACCCUGCAGACGGAGAGGCCCUUCCUGGUGCUGCCUCCUCUGAUGGAGUGGGUCCGCGUGGCGGCGGCUCACGCCGAGCAUCGCCGCAGCUUCGCCGUGGACAGCGACGACGUCCGCCAGGCCGCACGCCUGCUGCUGCCCGGGGUCGACUGCGAACCGCGCCAGCUCCGGACGGAUGACUGUUUCUCCUCGUCGCGGAAGCUGGACGCUGCGUCGACGGAGGCGAGGUUCCUGCAGGACCUGGGCUUCAGAAUGUUGAGCUGUGGCAGGACUGACCUGGUGAAGCAGGCCGUCAACCUGCUGGGCAGCCAGGGCAUCAACAGCAUGAGCGAACAGGGGAUGACCCCGCUGAUGUACGCGUGUGUCCGUGGAGACGAGGCCAUGGUCCAGAUGCUGCUGGACGCCGGAGCCGACAUCAACAGUGAGGUGCCUAACUCAGGGCACAGACACCCCUCAGUGUUCCCCGAGACCAGGCAGGGAACGGCCAUCACGUUCGCUGUGCUGCAGGGACACAUUCCUGUCGUCCAGCUGCUCCUGGACGCCAGGGCCAGUGUGGAGGGCUCUCUACAGGAUGGGAUGGACAACUACACUGAGACCCCCCUACAACUGGCUUCUGCUGCAGGUAACUUUGAGCUGGUGAGUCUGCUGUUGGAGCGGGGGGCCGACCCCCUGCUGGGCACCACAUACCGGAACGGCAUCUCCACCGCCCUGCAGGGAGACAUGAACUCAUACAGCCUGGCAGCUGCUCACGGACACAGGAACGUGUUCCGGAAGCUGGUGUCCCAGGUGGAGGCGGUGGAGGCAGGGGGGAAGGCGGAGGUGCUGUCCCUGGAGGAGAUGCUGGCGGAGGGCUCGGAGCUGGCAGAGAGAAGCCCCUCCCAGCUGGAGCUUCUGCGGAGCGGCAAGACCAGGCUGAAGGCCCUGAGGGAGGCCAUGUACCACAGCACAGAGCACGGCCACGUCGACAUCACCCUCGACCUGCGCAGCCUCGGUGUUCCCUGGACACUGCACACCUGGCUGGAGUCUCUGCGUAGCUGCUUCCUGCAGCAGCGCCGCCCGCUGAUCCAGGGUCUGCUGAAGGAGUUCAGCUGCAUCCAGGAGGACGAGUACACAGAGGAGAUCAUCACACACGGUCUGCCCCUCAUGUUCCAGAUCCUCCGAGCCAGCAAGAACGAGGUGAUCAGUCAGCAGCUGAGCGUCAUCUUCACCCAGUGCUACGGGCCGUACCCCAUCCCCAAGCUGGGAGACAUCAAGAGGAAGCAGUCUGCUCGUCUGGAUCCCCACUUCCUGAAUAAUAAAGAGAUGUCUGAUGUGACGUUCCUGGUGGAAGGGAAGCCGUUCUACGCUCAUAAAGUCCUGCUGUUCACCGCCUCCAACAGGUUUAAGUCUCUCCUGGCAAACAGGCCAGCAGCAGAGAACACAUGUAUUGAGAUCAGCCACGUCAAGUACAACAUCUUUCAGCUGGUGAUGCAGUACCUGUACUGUGGAGGAACAGAUGCUCUGCACAUCAGGAACACUGAAGUCAUGGAGCUGCUGUCGGCCGCUAAGUUCUUCCAGCUUGAGGCGCUGCAGAGACACUGUGAGAUCAUCUGCACCAAGAACAUCAACACAGACACCUGCGUGGAGAUCUACCACCACACCAAGUUUCUGGACGUGCCGGAGCUGGCGGCCUACAUGGAGGGCUACUUCCUGAAGAACAUGGUGCUGCUGAUCGAGCUGGAGCCCUUCAAGCAGCUGCUGUACGACACGCCGCCGGACAGCCCCGGAGCCAGCGUGCUGCUGGACCUGGAGAAGACCCUGGCGCUCCGGAUCCAGUCCAUCCACCUGUCCUCGUCCAGGGGCUCUGUGGUCUGAGCCCUCCCUCCCCCGCCGGCGCCCCCAGACCAGCGCCUGCUCUGAGCCCUCCCUCCUCCACCUGCGCCCCCAUAUCAGCGCCUGCUACCCGGACAGCUUUUCAUCGCUCCCUCGCCCCAUCGCCUGGUGCCCGUCGGUCAUCCUUGCUGUUGUGUGUCAGCAGGGCAGCCCUGGGGCUGUGUCUCCGGGCAGCCCUGGGGCUGUGUCUCCGGGCAGCCCUGGGGCUGUGUCUCCGGGCAGCCCUGGGGCUGUGUCUCCGGGCAGCCCUGGGGCUGUGUCUCCGGGCAGCCCUGGGGCUGUGUCUCCGGGCAGCCCUGGGGCUGUGUCUCCGGGCAGCCCUGGGGCUGUGUCUCCGGGCAGCCCUGGGGCUGUGUCUCCGGGCAGCCCUGGGGCUGUGUCA